AUGUUGGACUAUUGCAAAAGCGACGUACAGUUACUGCGAGAAGGGUGCCUGAAAUUUGCUCAAGACACAAAGAACGAGGCAGGAUUUAAUCCCUUGACACAAUGCAUUACGAUCGCCUCGACCUGUCAUUAUUUCUGGCGAAACUAUCAGAUGCAGCCAAAAACCAUUGCCGUUGAACCUGUGAAUGGAUGGGGCGGUCUCAAAGUGAACCAAAGUAAAGUAGCACUCCAAUGGUUGUACCUGGAAGAUCUAAAAUUGGGUGGCAACAGAAUCAAACACACACGAAAUGGCGGAGAGCAAGUUGUCCAGAUCAAGGGUGGCAGAGUCACCGUGGAUGGUUAUGAUCCAUUGACUAAAACAGUCUUCGAAUUCCAAGGAUGUGAGUACCAUGGAUGCAAAAAGUGUAAUCCGUAUAGGAGACAUAUGAAACCAUUCCAUCAUCCGGAUAGAACGAUAGAAGAAAUUUAUCAAGUCACCCAACGAAAAAAAGAGCUGAUCAAACAGGCUGGAUACACAGUGAUUGAACAAUGGGAAUGUGAUUUUAACAAAAAACUAAAACAAUGCCCAAACUUGCAAGAGCAAAUUGAUAAAAUGACCUGGGUUUCUCCUUUGAACCCAAGAGAUGGUUUUUAUGGUGGAAGAACUGGCAUGGCAAAAUGCCAUUAUCAGGCAGAAGACAACGAGAAAAUUUUAUAUGAAGAUUUCACAUCUUUAUAUCCUACCAUCAACAAGUACGCAACCUACCCCAUUGGACAUCCACAGAUUAUCGUGAAUCCAUCGGAUCAGAACAUCUUUCACUACUUUGGAAUCGCUAAAGUGGAUGUCUUACCACCAGAAAAAUUGCUGCAUCCUGUGUUACCGGUGAAGCUCAAUGAAAAAUUGCUGUUUCCUCUAUGUGUAAAAUGCGCAGAGGAUCAAGCAGAACGCCCUUGGUAUGAACGCUCCAAUCUCUGCCCACACAGUGAUGAAGAGAGAACAAUAACAGGUACUUGGUCCACCCCAGAACUGCUAAAAGCAGUGGAGAAGGGGUACCAGAUUACCAAGAUCCAUGAAGUCUGGCAUUUUCCGGAGAGUCAAAGAAAGGAGGGCCUUUUUGCACCGUAUGUGAAUACAUGGCUAAAACACAAGACCGAAGCCAGUGGAUGGCCUGCUCACUGUUUGACUGAAGACCAAAAAGCAGAGUACGUGGAACAAUAUGAAGAACACGAGGGGAUUAAGCUGGAUCCUGAAAAGAUUGAGAAGAAUCCAGGUCGUAAACAAGUGACGAAGCUUAUGUUGAACAGCUUUUGGGGGAAAUUUGGGGAGAACGAGCAUCGCACACAGACACAAUCGAUUCAGGACGAAGAUACUUGGCCAAAAAUUGUGCAGGACGAAUCGUUUAUGGUCAAAGAUGUACGUAUUUUUAAUGAAGACGUCAUGGAAUUAAGCACACUCAAAUACGAAAAUGCCUGUGCAAGCAGUGGUAAAAUCAAUAUUUUUAUUGCAUGUUACACGACAGCCUUGGCGCGUCUAAAGCUAUAUGCAGAAUUGGAAAUGCUUGAAAACCAAGUGUUGUACUAUGACACCGAUUCUGUGAUUUACAGUUACAAAGAAGGAGAAGUCUAA